UGGAUUUGUAUUUACGCUUUUGUGGUUACCUAUCCGGAUCCAAUCAAACGUCUAUGCGUUGGUGUUUGAGGUUAAUGUCCGUGUGCGUAGCGUUUUGUUGUAUUUAAUGUAAAUUCAUUAUAUGUAUUUUAUUUUAUAGUAGAUAAGUAGUUUGAACACACUUUAAAAUGCCUCCUAAGGCGAAACCUGCAGCUCCUAAUAAAAAGACUGUUGAGAAAAAGAAGGAGAAAGUUAUUGAGGAUAAAACCUUUGGACUAAAAAAUAAAAAAGGGGCCAAGCAGCAACGAUUUAUACAGCAGGUUGAAAAACAAGUAAAAACUGGAGGGGUGCCAGCUAGAAAAUUGGGAGAAGAGCCGAAAAAGGACAAAGAUGCAAAGUCUAAAGAACAGAAGGAGAUGGCUUUACUGUUUCGACCAGUUCAAAAAGUUGAAAAAGGAGCAGAUCCAAAGUCUGUUGUCUGCGCUUUCUUCAAGCAGGGCCAGUGCACAAAAGGGGCCAAGUGCAAGUUUUCCCAUGAUCUGGGGUUGGAGCGGAAGGCAGAAAAGCGGAGUCUGUAUGUGGACAUGAGGGAUGACGAAGAGGACACUAUGGAAAACUGGGAUGAGGAAAAGUUAAAGGAGGUUGUGGAAAAGAAACAUGGCGAGUCUGAAAAAAGAAUGCCUACAACUGAUAUUAUAUGCAAAUUCUUUUUGGAUGCUGUUGAGAAAAGCAAGUAUGGCUGGUUCUGGGCGUGUCCUAACGGUGACAGCUGUAUAUAUAAACACGCACUACCACCAGGAUUUGUACUCAAGAAGGACCGGAAGAAAGAAGACAAGAAAGAUGAGAUUUCUAUAGAAGAUCUGGUAGAGAAGGAACGUGCAGCAUUGAGUGCUUCUGGGAAGUUCACUAAGGUCACUUUGGAGAGCUUUUUAGCUUGGAAGAAACGGAAAGUCAAGGAGAAGAAAGAUGCUGCCAUCAAGGAUGAAGAGAAAAAGAGAAACGACUACAAGGCUGGUAAACAACACGGGCUUUCAGGAAGAGAGAUGUUCUUCUUCAAUCCUGACCUGGCUGCUAACGAUAUGAUGGAAGAUGGAGAUGAAGCAUUUGAUUCAUAUGCUAGAGAAGAGGAAGAAGAUGGACCAGAAGUUCAGUAUCGAGACAUUGAACUAGAAAUCCUGGCAAUGGAAGCACAAGAAGCAGACAACAGUGGUACGGUGGCGGCAGAAGACAGGCUCAAAAACGGUGUGGCCAAUGGCGAAGCAUCCUCUCCAGAGAGUCCAAGUGAAGAAGGAGCUGCCGCUGUUCCCAUCAAUGAGAACCUGUUCCUCGAUGAUGAUCUCGGAGAUUUGGAAGAAGAGCUGGACGAAUUAGCGCUCGACCAGUAACCCUCCCCUGUCCCCUACUGGCCGGGCAUACCCCCCAUCACUAUAAUAAAUUGGUCUUUUCUGUU